UUUUUUGGUUACAUGUUGUCCUGCGCAGCCAGUACUGGGACAGCUCUCAGUGUGUGUGUGACCACUUAAAGGAGACGGGGUGAUUGACGACUGUCAUGGCCAAUAGGGGAGGAGCAACACGCCCCAACGGGUCCAACGCGGGCAAUAAGAUCUGCCAGUUUAAACUGGUCUUGCUAGGAGAGUCGGCUGUGGGAAAGUCCAGCCUCGUACUGCGCUUCGUCAAAGGGCAGUUUCAUGAGUUUCAGGAAAGCACAAUAGGAGCGGCCUUCCUUACACAGACAGUGUGCUUGGAUGACACAACGGUAAAGUUUGAGAUUUGGGACACAGCCGGACAGGAGCGCUACCACAGUUUGGCCCCUAUGUACUAUAGAGGGGCCCAGGCUGCCAUUGUAGUUUAUGACAUCACCAAUGAGGAGUCGUUUGCAAGAGCAAAGAACUGGGUUAAGGAGCUUCAGAGGCAGGCCAGUCCGAAUAUUGUCAUCGCGCUGUCUGGGAACAAGGCUGACCUUGCCAACAAGAGAGCUGUGGACUUCCAGGAUGCUCAGUCUUAUGCAGAUGACAACAGUUUGUUGUUCAUGGAGACGUCAGCAAAGACUUCCAUGAAUGUCAAUGAGAUCUUCAUGGCCAUUGCGAAAAGGUUGCCCAAGAAUGAGCCCCAAGCCGCCGGAGCCAACAGUGGGCGGAGUAGGGGCGUGGACCUCACAGAGACAGCCCAACCCACUAAGGCCCCCUGCUGCAGUAACUAACACAAAACAAAUCCCCCCUCACCAAACUCUGUUACCGCAACAACUAACGCAAGGUCCCGCCCUCCAACUUGGUUUUUGACUAACUAAUGAAAUGCCUCCGCUUUCCCCGUUUUCCACAACUCUCUUACGCUGUAACAAAAGCUCUGCCCCGCCCAUGUAUCUGCGGUGUUUUUGUUUUGUUGUUCUUCUGUAAAGACCCAGGCCUCUUACUGUAUUCAUGCUUAAGGUCAUGCCUUGUCUCCAUACUGUAAUAUAUGCCGUCACAGAUAUCCAUCAGAAAAAAAAAAAAGAAAAGAAAAAAAUCUUUGAAUGCCAUUUGCCUGACCUGGACGAAAAGGGGUGGGGCCUCUGCGAGGGUUCACCUGCCCAGUCAUAAUUCAGAACUCUACAGUCGCUUCUUUUU